UAUAUAUUUUUUCUUUUUAUAGAUUAUCGGAAAUGCAGGGAUUGCAGCUAUAGUGCUAAAUGGUUUAGGAAAUGUAGGAGCCAUUGUUAUCCCAUUAAGUUGGGGACUUGGACUUACCUUUGCCAUAUUAAUCUGUGGAGGAGUAUCAGGUGCUCACGUAAAUCCAGCAGUUACUGUAGCAUUCGCCACUAUAGGAAAAUUCCCAUGGAAGAAAGUGAUACCUUACAUGUUAUCUCAGUAUUUAGGAGCAUUCUUAUCAGCCGCAAUAUUAUUUCUCGUCUAUAGAGAUGGCAUCGAAGCAUUCGACAAGGGGAUAAGAAGUGUGCCACCGAACAGCAAUGCCACUGCAAAUAUUUUUUCAUGUUUUCCGCAAGAGUACGCUAGUACUUUUACAUGCGUUAUGGAUCAGAUCGUGAGUACAGGGCUACUGCUCGCUGCUGUAUGCUCUACAAUCGAUGAAAGGAACAUGAGUGUCCCAAAAGGAAUGGCUCCAUUGAUGAUUGGUCUCACUUUAUGUGGCAUUAUGAUGGGUUUUGGUUCCAACUGUGGUGCCCCUCUAAAUCCUGCAAGAGAUCUUGGCCCUAGAAUAUUUACUGCCAUGGCUGGAUGGGGAACAGAAGUGUUUUCGGUGAGAGAUUACAAUUGGUUCUGGAUACCCGUCAUAGGACCUCACAUUGGCGCAAUUUUGGGAGUUUGGAUCUAUUCUUUCGCAGUCGAGGUUCACUGGCCUAACACAAGUUACGAUUUAACUAAAGAUCCACCUUCAGAAGUUCAGGUGCAGAGCCAGGUACAGAUGCAAAGCGUUAAAGUGUACGACAGUAAACAGUGACGGGCUUUCUGUGACGCGUAAUGAGGGAGUGUACAUAAAUAAAACAAGCUGUACAUAAGUGCCUUUUUCCCAGACUACUAUUUAAAUAGCCUGGCAUUAUUCCAUUAUCAAAAUCUUGAGCCUGAAUUAAUAUCAAUCAGGCUUAUUUACCUUUAUUCUGUAUUUGUUAACAUAUGUGUUGAAAGUAAUGAAAUAAUUUUAUUUCUGUAUCGAAAA